GGAGAGUGUGAAUUUCAAAAACCAUCUUCAAAAUUUUCACACCUGAAAAAACCGAUUUAUGUAAUAUUCCAUAAGAAUCAGAAUCUAACUAACCAUUACAUAUCGUGACUUAAAUGUGUCACACCAAUCAAUUCAAUUAACACAAACAAAACAGAACUUGUUCGAAUUUUCCAGAAACACACACCCCAAUCAAGCUUCUAGAUCCAUCUCUCCCUAAUUUUUACUACCAACACCCCACUUCUCUUCUUUCACAUCACCAAACUAUUCCAAUUUUCAGUUAGGCAUUUUCACAAACACUUUCAGAUCAUCUUAACCGACGCAUUUUCACAAACACCUUCCUCUCAAUGGCACAAGACACCGCCGUCACCGUCUACAACACCACCGUCAUCACCGAUCCAUUACAAAACCAAUACUCAUUCAAAUUAACCCUCCGCGGCGGCGCAAUUUUCCAAGUCACCAAUCUCCACCAAGCCAAACUCGCCGAACAAGCCGGUGCUUGCGCCGUCAUAGUCUCCGACCAAAUCAACUCCAACUCCGUCAUUUCACGCAUGACAGAUCCUUCCUUAAUCAAACAAAUCAAACGCGUCGUUUCAAUUCCUGUUAUCUCACGCGCCCGAAUCGGCCACUUCGUCGAAGCACAGAUCCUCGAAGCAACCGGCGUCGAUUACAUCGACGAAAGCGAAUCUCUCUCAAUCGCCGACGAUCAGAACCACAUCAACAAACAAAAUUUCCGAAUCCCGUUCAUAAGUGGGGCCCGCAACCUCGGCGAAGCGCUUCGGAGAAUCAGAGAAGGUGCAGCGAUGAUAAGGAUUCAAGGAGAGUUAUCGAAUUCCGGUAACGUUUCGGAAACCGUGAAAAACGUUAGGUGUUUGAUGAAGGAAUUGAGGGUUCUUAGUAACAUGGAUGAUGAUGAAGUUUUCGCUUUUGCGAAAAAGAUCGAAGCGCCGUAUGAUCUCGUGGCGCAAACGAAACAAAUGGGAAGGCUUCCCGUCGUUCAUUUUGCUGCCGGCGGGAUCGUGACUCCCGCCGACGCGGCUUUGAUGAUGCAAUUGGGUUGUCACGGUGUGUUUGUGGGACCAGAGGUUUUUGGUUAUGGAAAUGGUUUUAAACGUGUUAGGGGUAUUGUUCAAGCUGUUAGGAAUUAUAAUGAUCCUCAUGUGUUGGUUGAAACUAUGAUGGGGCUUAAUCUUGGUGGUGAUGGUGAUGAUGAUGAUGAUAGGAUUGAGAAUGUGCCAUUUGGUGCUGACAAUGAAAAUGUCUAGCUUUUUUGGUUGGUUAUUACUUUGUUGCAUUAUGUUACUCUUUUGUAUUGUUAUAUAAUAAUAACAAUAAUUAUUAUUAUAGCAUUGAAUGAUUUUGUAUCACUGAGGAAUUUGUAUGUAAUUAAGAGAAUGAUGUAUGUUGUAAUAUUAUGAUAUGAGUAAUUUUUUUUCUUUCUGAAUA